CUGGUUUUAGAGAAAUGUUUGCACCCCACUGUUAGGAGUCAGAGAAACGUCCAUACCGACAUUGACCGUCGCACCUGAAGGACUUGCGUACUUUCUUCCAAAUAAAGAUGAGGCAGUGGUUGUUGUGCGUGUUAGCGCUGACGGUGGUGGUGUCAUGCUCCUCACAGCAGCAGUACGUCAACCGGUACGACAACUUUAACGCGGACUCCAUCAUACAGAAUGAGAGGAUACUACUCGCGUAUUAUAAGUGCGUUAUGGAGAAGGGACCUUGCACUAAGGAUGGCAAGAACUUUAAACGUGUGCUGCCAGAAACUAUAUCAACAGCAUGCGGCCGUUGUUCACCGAAACAAAAGAUUGUUGUCCGCAAACUGCUGUUGGGGAUCAGAGCGAAAAGCGAGCCAAGAUUCUUCGAACUUCUUGAUAAAUACGAUCCCAGUCGGUUGAACAGAGAGGCAUUGUACACAUUUUUAGUGACGGGGAAUUAGUUAUUGACCUUAAUAUAUAAAGUUUAAUUUUAAAUUAUUAAAAUAACUGAGAUAAUUCUUAGUAAUAAGCCUAAAUUAUUUAAAGAUUAUGUUUAAGUACAAAGUGGACUGACUUGAUACUUUCGUUAAUUUUUUAUAAGCAUAAAGAAUAAAAGAAAGUUAUCGAUGAUUCGUUUAUCAAUUUAAUAACAAAUAAAAACAAUUAAUUUCAAGGGAGAUCUUGCAUUUAAAAUUUAAUUUAAUCUUUAUUGUACUUAUUAACGAGUUUGUUGUGUAUAUUUUAAUAACUAUUCGUGAUAUUAAAACAGAUGUCAUAAAUAAUUGUCUAUUAUUAUAACAAACAUAAUUACACGUUAGCGUUAUGUGUAAUUAACAAUAAACUUACGAACACAAAUGGACACAUUUAUGGACAAUUAUCUAGGUAUUACUAAAAAUCCUUCCGAGAAUGUUAUACAAACGUGUACAAUCGCACGCGUAAUUGCAAACUUACUGUUAUUAUUGAUUUAGCAUUAGUAUUUUUUCCCUAACACUUUUAUAUUUUAUUGAACGCGACUGUACACGUUGGGAUCUAUAAAAGGGACAUGAUCUUUUUGUAUCUAAUCAGAUAGAAUUAAUCUAAGUUGCAAGAUGAAGUUGAUCAUAGUAGUUCUGUGUGUUGUCGCUUUGGCAUUUGCUAAAGAUAAAUAUGAAGAUAUUGAGAAUAACUUCAACAUAGAAGAAUUGUUAGGAAACGAUCGUUUGUUAACUGCAUACAUUAAAUGUCUGUUGAACAAAGGCCCUUGUACUCCGGAAGUUAAGAAAAUUAAGGAUAAAAUUCCUGAAGUUCUCGAGACUAAAUGCGACAAAUGCACCGACAAGCAGAAACAGAUAGGCAAAGUGCUCGUGAAACAAGUCCAAAAGACGCAUCCCGAACUGUGGGAUGAGCUCAAGAAACUCUACGACCCACAAGGAAAAUACCAGAAAGAGUUCCAAAUGUUUCUCACUAAUUAAAUCUUGAAAUAAAAAAGGCAGCAAGGAAAAUUCAUAGAUUGUUCAAUAAAGGAAACGAAUAUUUUUC